AGCCUGUUUUUCUUUUAGGAGCCAACAUUGAAAUACUUGAUGAGUCGUGGAGUUGCGUCUGAUUUUCGACUUCAUCAAAGUUUCCGCAGAACAAAAACAGUUCACAAACAUGGCCGCUCCACGCUGUAGUUUAUUCGCGUACGGACGCGGGCGAGAGAGCCUGGCCGCCCUCCCUAUCGCGGCUGCAGGCCGCGAGGUGAGACUAGCAGAACAAGCCAAAUUACAUCGGCGUCGACGCUUGGAGAAAGGGCGUGGUCUUAUCGAAGGAUCGUCUAGUACAGGGUCUCAACAGGCGGGGUUGGUGCCGAAUAAGGAAGUUGCUUCAUCAAAAAGCGCGUUCGAUUUUGGGAAGAACACCCUGGCCACGCAAAAGGAUUUUGACUACGACCGCGGAAUCAAACAACAAGCUUUCCGUGGCGGAGACUCGGACCGAACCAUGCCCAUUGCCAAUGAGUCCACCUUGUUUGGUGAAGACGAGGAUGACGAACGCGCGUCUUUGUCGCCGUUUCUAGGUGGGGAUGUUGGAACAAGCAGUGGUGAUCAUCAUGUAGCUCUCAAGAAGGGGUCUUUCGAUGUUGAUCUCGUAACUCCAGAUGGGCCUUCUGGUGCAACAACUACGAGUAACGCAAAGAUGUUUCGAAACGCCAAUGGGUCCGAGGUACGGCCAACGAAAUACCGCCUUUUCCUGCGUCUCACUCGGAAUUUUGAUACUGGAGAGUCUGGGUUAUUGAAGGAGAGUCACGAUUGUGCUACUGCCUCGUCAAGUUCUGGUUAUGUGAAGAAGUCUCCGGAUCCGGAACUGGAGUCUGAAUUGGAUGAAGUGUUUGGGUCAUCUGAAUUAGAUGAGUGUGAUAUUAUGGCAAGAAGAGGUGAAAAGGCGAAAGUUCAAGAUGCCAAAGGCGACAAGAAAGGCCGUUUCGUAGCUCCCGCUAUGAGGCGAAAGGAACUUGAACGAAAAACCCGUCGUGUGCUAGCUGCAGAUGAUACACUGUUGGCUUUGGGGGGGAGUAAAAAGGCGAAGGGGAGUAAGCAGGAAAGGCAGGAGGAACGAAGCUCGUUAUUGGCAGCCCUAGAGGACCACGGCGAGAACACAGACGACAUACACCGAGAAAAGGAGGAAAUUGCAGAGGCCGCUGAAGGUGCUGAGCCUGCUUCUAUAAAGAGACCUCCUGCAAAAGCAAAAGCUCCUUACACUCCUGUGCUUUUCGAGCAACGUCGACGUCUACGGCAGUGGUUGUAUCAACAUUUUUCGAGCAUACGCGUUUCUGACGUCCACAUUCCUAGAAGGAAGCCGCAUGUGGUAGUUGUGAGCUUCGCUACCGAAAGUCAACUGAACCAAGUCCUGACGAAAGGGAGGCUUUUGCGAGAAUGUGCGACAGAGUUUUUGCCGGGGGAGAUAGUGACUUUGGAAAGGUAUCAGGACAAGAGAUCAUAAAGCAGAUGAAAAAAUUCAAGGGGAUAUAUUUUACGACGUGUCGGGACCUCUCUUGCCUCUUCAAUAGAUCUUGCUGCUGCGCGGCAGCAAACUCCUCUGAUCAAUGCUUGGUGUGGAUGAGACCACACGCCGACACAACUCUUCCUCGCAUGCAGUGACUUCUAGAGUUCGAUGUUUAUGAUUACUUACACUCUACUCGUAGCGUCUUCAGAUUUUCCAGUUGGAGAAAAUGAGAAGGGAACAGUCAAAACGGCGCUAGG